AUGUCUUGUUCUCUUCCUUUGUGCUCUCUUUUGAUCAUUUUCUCCCUCGUCUACUCUCCCGUUAUCCCCUUUGUCAGUUCUCUUCACUUCAAUAUAAGCGACUUUGACACGAGUAGAGGCGACAUACUACUCGAAGGACUUGCGAGAAUUGUAGCUGGAUCCGUUGUUCUCACCGAAGGCAGAGUAGCACCAGUGUAUGAAGUAGGCCACAUGCGGUAUGCCAAAUCCAUAGCUAUAAAGGAUUCUACUACCGGGAAACAAGCAGACUUCUCUACUAAUUUCUCUUUCACCAUUGAUAGUUACAACUACAGUCAUCAUGGUGAUGGCAUUGCCUUUUUUCUUGCUCCUGUGGACUUCUCAAUCCCACCCAACUCCGCUGGUGGAUACCUAGGAGUCUUCAAUGAGAGCACAGUUUAUGGGCCUUACAGAAUUGUGGUCAUUGAGUUCGAUAUUUCCUUUUCUGGCAUACCAUUUGAUCUUCCAACCGAGCACAUAGCAAUUGACGUAAACUCAGCCUCGCCAAAGGCUCAUGAACCUUGGAAUUUUACAGCAUACGACAACAAGGUAACUAAUGUUAUGGUGACCUAUGACUCUACUAGCAAGAAUCUUAGUUUAUUCUGGUCAUUGGAUGACCAGCUGGUUCCUCCGGAUAGCAAAAGUUCCUCGCUUUCUCACCAAGUUGAUCUUGCUGAAGCUCUUCCUGAAUCAGUAUUUAUUGGAUUCUCAGCUUCUAAUGGCAACAUUUCAGCGAAACACAGCAUCAAUUCAUGGGAAUUCACCUCAAACUUGGACGCUGUGCCUGGCCCGCCCGUGGAUCUGCCAAAUGGGGUAAAAGAGGAUAUGUCAGGGGUAAGUAAGAUGUACAGGAUGGUAACAAUCAUCACUUUUCCCGUAGCAUGUUUGUUGCUAGUCAUUUCGGCAGGUUCUUGCUUGUUUAUGAUCAAGAAGAGGAAAAAAAAUGAGUUUCAGGCUUUGACUCACACUGACAAAGAGAUAUUGGCAUUGCCGCUGAAAUUCUCUUAUCAAGAGUUGCUUGUUGCAACAAAUGACUUUGCAAGUGAUCGAAGACUAGGCCAAGGAGGAUCCAGCCAAGUUUACAGAGGAUUAUUGAACCGUUUCAAUCGCCUAGUCACCGUCAAAAGAAUCUUUGCAGAGUCUAAACAUUCAGAGAAGGUCUUCACCAAUGAAGUGAAGAUACUAAGCCGCAUGAUACACCGAAAUCUGGUGCAAUUCAUUGGAUGGUGCCAAGAAGAAGGUGAGUUUUUGCUUGUUUAUGAAUAUAUGCCUAAUGGUAGCCUUGAUAAUCAUCUCUUUGGAACACGAAAAAAUUUGCCAUGGGAUGUGAGGUACAAGAUAGCUUUAGAGCUAGCAUUAGCCCUCAACUAUCUUCAUGAAGAACUAGAGCAGUGCGUUCUCCACAGAGAUAUAAAAGCCGCCAAUAUAUUACUCGACAUGAGCUUCAACACAAAGCUCGGAGACUUUGGUGUGGCUAAGCUCGUUGACCCUCGGUUCAGGACACAAACAACGGACGUGGUAGGGACAUAUGGUUACUUGGCGCCAGAAUAUUUGAGUGAAGGUAAGGUUACUAAAGAAUCCGACAUGUUCAGCUUCGGGGUUGUGGCUCUAGAAAUCGCAUGCGGUAGGAGGACCUAUCAGGAAGGAGAAUUUCACAUUCCGCUGCGCAAGUGGGUUUGGCAGCUUUACCUUGCUGGAAACAUGCUUGAAGCAGUGGACGAAAUAUUGGGUUCGAGUUUCGAUAGGAAGGAAAUGGAAUGCUUGAUGAUGGUGGGACUAUGGUGUGUGCAUCCAGAUCCCAAGAUGAGGCCAAAAGCGGGACACGUUAUAAGAUUUCUUCAGCUAGAAGUCCCGGUGCCUGAGUUUCCACGUGGCACCUAUGAGGCCUCCACUUCAUAUCAGUUGUCGGCACUAAGAAUAGAGUCUCCCUCUUCUAUGCAAGAAAUCAGUUCCUUUUCAGCUAGAUAG